CCCAAAGAAGGAAGGGAGACCACACCACAGCCAGCAUAUCUUACUGCUCUUACCGACUACGACUAUAAUCUUGUAACUCUACUUUACCCGACAACCCCCUUAGCCCGUCGGUGACUCGCACGUCCCGUUCUCAUGGGUCAAGCCAACUCGCGGGCCACCGGCCACGACCAACGUCGACCGGCAGACAAUCAAACACCUUUCGCGAGCUCGACGGCUGCCAAUGGAUCCGGAGCGCCCACUGCGUCCGCCAGCGAGGGCGGGCUCGACGCCCGCCGGCGCACGGCCAGCAUGGCGACGAUAUCGAAGCGGGCCUCGACGGUGCGGAAGAAGGUCAUGAAGGUCGUCGGCCGCUCAACGUCGUCGAGAUCGCUCAGGGUCGCCGGGGAGGCGGACAGCAUGCGGGCGAACGCCGGGAGCCCGCACCCGUCACGUAAGCGGCGUUUCAGUUCGAGGCGCUGGUCGAAGGCGCCGGCGCCCCCCAACGGCGACGCCGACGCUCGCGAAGGAUCCGUAUUACCUAGCGCCGCCGACAAUGCGGUGCCCAUCGCCUCGAGCUCGGGCAUGCGCUCCACCUCCGUGGCUUCGCUCUCUGCUACCAACGGCAAAGGCAAGGAGCGCGCCGAAAGCGACGCAACCCCGGAUGUCGCCAGGCCCUCGACGCCACUCAGCCCGACAGGCCCCUCAGCCUCUACAUCCUCGCCUGAACCCUCGCCAAUGUUAUCGGACGGGCACCAAGAACUCAGCCAGAACAUCGGCUCGUGGCUCGGCGGCCAGCGCGCCGCUCCGCCACGCCCAACGCUCUCCGAACGGCUGAGCAUGCCCCGCCCCCGCUCCAACUCUCUCCCAGGCCCGGACUUGCCCUCCAUCUCCCGCACGCGACCCGAACCCGAGACUUCCACUACUCCGGCCACAAACCCAGCAGGCGCAACCGAUUCUCCCUCCGACGAUCAAGACAACACUCGGCCGUUCCCACCCGCCGGAACGCUCGUCGUCGUCCAAGGCGUGGUGCACACCACCGACACCUCCGCCGCAUCCGCCGGGCCCACGUCCACGUCCGCAUCGACCCCCUCCACCGCGCCGCGCCGCCGGUCCUCCUCCUUCGGCCCGCACUCGCACCGUCCGCCCACGCCUAUCGGCGGCGGGCGCAACAGGCUCUCCCAGCUUCUCUCGCGGCCGGCCAACGCCCACGGUUGGCCGUCCACACCCGCGUCCGCGGAGUCUUCGCCCAAUAGCAGUUCGGUCCCGCUCAGCGGGAGUGAUGGCGAGGCGUCGACGGAGGCGACGAGCCAGGACGCCAGUUCGAGCCAACAACACCCCGGGCCCGGGCCCGAUACGCAAGAUCGCCGGUCGGCGUUGUCGCCCAGCAGCAUCGACGUUCUGGGGACCCUGCUCAGCGUGGCGGCAGCAGCGACCGCCGCGUCGCUCGUCACCGGCUCGUCCGACCCUCUCUUCUCCUCCGGACUCGCGGCCGCAAACCCCGCCGGCGCCGCACCUACCCCCGCAGCGCCCACAGGUCUGCCCGGUGCCCUGGGCGCCCUCGCGGCGCUCGCGAACAACCCCAUCCUCAAUCCUGGGUUGUCAGACCGUAGAACGCCACGCACGCCGUGGGAGAGCCUGCGCGAUCGGUUCGGGGCUGGCCGCAACAGGCCCACGUUCUCCCCGAACCCAGCAGCGCCUGCGUCCGCGUCCGCGCCCACACCCGCGCCGCCGACGCAGCCUCCUUCGUACACGCCGGCCGGCGGGGCCGAAGAGGCACCACGUCCUGCUGACGGGACCGGCACCGGUACGCCGAGAGACGCCCGCGACGUGCUGCUCGCUGAGAUGGUCCGCGCGCUCAACUCCGCCCUAGGCACUUCUCCCUCGUCGGCGCCCGCCGCUAUUAAUGAGAGCGGCCAGGCGUCCGUCACGGCCACGGCUCCGCCGCCGCCGCUCCCGACGGCGGACGCGAACCGGCCCCUGCCGCCCGAGGGCAGCUUUGAGCGCUUCUUGGUGAACCUGCAGAUCGAUUUGAGGAGGGCGUUGUCGGAUCCUGAUGGCGAGGGUGACGCUGCGUCGGGGCCUGUCGAUCCGGCGACGGUGCCGUUGCCUGAAGACUCGGAUGUCGAGAGCGAGUUUGACUUGCCGUCGACUGGCAGGGACGAUGCCGUACCGCAAGCGCCAGAUUCGUCGACUCAGCCAGCGGAGGCGUCCACUGCGCCUCCGCAGGAUUCUCCAUCAUCGGGACCAGCGCCUUCCACGAUUCCGACCGGCCCGUCGGAGGCGUCUUCCAUGCCUCCUCAUGGUCGCACGGGAGGCGGUAUCAACUGGUGGAGACUGUACCGGUUCCCGCCGAUGCCUACCCCACAGGCGCGCGGCCUCGCCAUGCAUCGUGGCGUACCGACGCCUGCAACCACAUCGCCGCUGUUCGGCGGUGCGCCUCCACCAGCAGCAGGUACGAACCCGUCUCCCGCGCCCACUUCGGCUGCCUCGGAGUCGGCGAAUACCCGCCCCGCAGACGCCGCUCCGCCAGCCGGCGCCGUUUCGGACGUCGUCGUGCCCAUCAUCGUGGUCGGCCUGCAGUCUGUCGGCCCCCACCGCCAUCUGGAUCCCACCGGCGCCGCGGACUUUGACGACUUCGCGCACGACGAUCUCGACCACCUCCAUCACCACCGGCACCACCACCGUUUCCAUCCUGACCACCCUCACAACCAUAUGCACGACGGCGCGGAUCCCUUGGGACACGCGAACGACAGCAGCACGAGCCUUAACGGCGCUGGGCGCGGGAACGGGAGGAGCUGGCCGAGUCGCGCCGCGGACGCCGUACGCGGGUUGAUGCCUGGUGCGGCGCGGAGGGGGCCGCCUGGCAGGCGGAUCACGGACGGACCGGGGUCAAGGACGUUCUUGAUCUACGUCAUCGGCGGGUAUUAUCCGCCAAACCACAGUAUCGUCACCGGCGCCGACAACCUCGACUCCUUCGAGGCUUUGCUGGAGCUCGCGGAACUGUUGGGUCAGGUCAAGCCGCCGGUCGCUACCCGAGACGACAUCGAGAAAUCCGGGCUGCAGAUCAUCAAGCCAUCAGAUCUCGCGCAGUACGAGAAGGAAGGCAAGGUGGCCUCCAAUUGCGUGGAUAGGUGUUUGAUCUGCCUUGACGAUUACGCUGAGACGGAUGAGCUUCGGCUCAUGACGUGCCGGCACACCUUCCACAAGGACUGCGUAGACAAGUGGAUGCAGACGGGUCGCAACAACUGUCCCGCGUGCCGCGGCAAGGGUGUUCCUACCGGAGACGAAACCCCUUCCCCUACCAGUGCAGUGUAAAAGCCCCCAGCGUCGUCUUCCUACAACCUACGGACCAUUGUUGCCCGUGAUCCUUCUCCAGUAUAUGCACUCUCGCUAUCGCUUCCCCGCUUCGCUCCUGUACAUCCAUCUUGGGACCAUCCGUCCGACGAUUCCGUUCCUUCGAUCGAUCUCACCAGUAGUAUAUCCACCUCAGAGUCCACCCGCCGCCACUCCCCUACGUACAUUAUGUAUUCUAUCACCGACCAAU